AUGACCGACGAUAUGGAUCUCCAUCCAAGCAAUCUGCCCAGAGCUUCUCUGGCAGAAAGCUCCGCUACCAGUAUUGACAAUGCUGCAUUCCCGAGACUUCGAGCAACUUCAAAACUCUCCAGCACCCACGCAGCUUCCACUCAUUCUCCCCCAACCCAACAACAACAACAACAACAACCGUCACCACAACCAUCACCACAAUCAUCACCCACAUCUAGCGGACCACAGAACAAGUCAGAAGAAAAGCAAGCAGCCAUGGGUCCGACUGAGGAGGCGAUCGCCUCAUCGGUCUAUCACCAUGCCGACUACUUUGGCCCCAUCGUGUACAGCGCUGGCGAGACCAUUUUGCCCCCCAUUCUCCUCAUGCUUUCCGCCAUCUUCUUCUUCUUCGCCGACAAGGUUACCAUGGUUGUCAGUAGCCUGCUCACCAUCGUCUUCAUCCAGCAGUACAAGCUGCUCAAGUACCAGUACCUCUCCUACAAGCAACGCCGCGAACAGGAUGACGACGGUCCCGGAUACGGUGCACCCUUCUUCUUGCCCGUGUUUCUCAAGGCGAUGCAUCUAUUCAACCUGUUUUUGUGUGCUGCAAUAUUCUUCGUCCUACUUGCCUGCGGAGCUGCUGCCAUUUCUCCCAACUUGGCUUACUGCCUCAUGGUCCCUCCUUUCGUCCUGUCCCAGUGCAUCUACUGGCCUGUUCAUGGUUACAACCUCCACCGCAACAUCACCCAGUACCGACCUAUCGAUCGCGCCGACAUUCGCAGAUCUAUCCAACAGGCUACCCGACGCCGCUGGUUCUAUAGCCAUGGAGAUUUCUUUCUCAUCUUUGCUGGCUCUGGAGGACACACAACCGAGAUCCUCAGCUUGAUGCGACUGUUUGAACCCUUUGACAAGUCCUUCUACCGUCGUUACAUCAUCACCAGCGGAGACGAGCGUUCUAGCGAUAUGAUCAAGCAGUUUGAGGAAGAACGCGCCCAGCGAAUGGGAAUGGUACGCCAGAUGCCAGGUGUCUACGAGAUUGUUUUCGUCGCCCGAGCUCGAUACGUUGGUCAGAGCUGGCUCACUACGCCCUUUACCGCUCUCUGGUGCAUCUUUGACUGCUACCGCAUUCUCAACAUGGGCCGCCCUCACGCCAUGCCCGGCGCCACAGUCGAAUAUCCGCAGACCAUCGUUUGCAACGGUCCCGGCUCAUCGUCAAUGUUCGUCCUCGUCUCGCACCUGAUGCGCAUGUACGGUCUGAUGCCGGCCAACCGCGGCAUGACCGUCUUCGUCGAGUCAAUCGCCCGCGUCUGCAGCCUAAGCCUGACGGGCAAGAUCUUCUACCAUCUGGAUCUUGCCGACGCCUUCGUCGUCCAGCAUCGGGGCGUAGAAGACGUCUACCCCGGCGUCUUCUGCGAGCCGAUGCUGGUGAAGCGGCUCUACCCCCCUGGGGUUUUGCCCUUUGGCUGGCGCUGA